AUGAAGCUGCUGUCCUGGGGAUUGCUCGCUGUUGUUCCUUGCCUUGUCGAAUCAUCUGCUGUGGGGUAUUCGACAACAACACCUUCUACAGUUACAGACUCUUCGUUCAGUUUUGGAUCCCACUACGCAGUUCUAAACCUCGACUUAAUUAGCGGACUCGUGGGGACGAUCAACACAACAUCGCAGGGGCAGGCGUUCAUCAAGAACACAGCAAAAUGGAUCAACGCUGUGCAUAAACAAUCCCCUCCUCCGAUCAGCAUUUUCAGCCGCCUUUAUUUUUCCACUAGCCUUUUGCCUGAGAUCUCACCAGAUGCCCCUUUCAUGACCGACGUUGCUACAGUUGGGAAUCUCACAGGGUCGGACCCGAAAUCACAACUUUACCCUGCUUUCAAGACGCUGCCUAAUUACGACAUUGUCCUGCAAAAGACGCGUUAUUUUGCGGGCGCGGAUAACACGCUUGUACAAAUUCUGCAGAGCCAGAAGAUUGAAACAGUUAUUUUGUCUGGCCUGCGAACCUCGGGGGUGAUUCUCGCGACUGCCCAACGCCUCUUCGAUUUGGAUUUCAAUGUCUACGUCAUUGCCAAUAACACGAUUGAGACUGGAAGCGAUGCGACCAAAAUCAACGACGCGAUCCUCCAAGGAAUUCUGCCAAAGCUACCGGCCAAUGUCAUUACUAUUGAGCAGGCCAUCGAUGCACUAUCACGAUCAAGUGCAACAUAUUACUAG